AUGCCUAGUUACUCAAACUUCUUUCGUUCUUUUCUUUAUUUUGGUAAUAAUCAACAGAAAUGGAAAUUAGCUGCUAUUGUUUCAUCUGUUGGUUUAACUACUGCUGGAUAUCUAUGGCAUAAUCAACAUUAUGCUAGUUCAUAUAGUUUACAUUUAAAACGAUAUUCUGCAUCAGCUGAAUAUCCUCAAUUAAGUAAACAUUCAAAUUUAAUGGCUCGUCAAUUAACACCACAGAUGUAUGCUAAACUUCGUGAUCGUAUUACACCAUCUGGAUAUACUAUUGAUGAUGUAAUACAAGUGGGUGUUGAUAAUCCAGGUGUACCUAGUCGUCAAUAUUUUGGUGUUUCAGCUGGUGACGAAGAAACAUAUAAAAUGUUUAGUGAUCUAUUCGAUCCAUUAAUUCAAAUACGAUAUAAUUAUGGACCCGGUUCACGUCAAUACCAUGAUGUAGAUAUAACUAAACUUAAUUUUCCAUUUGAAUCGGAUACUACAUUUGAUAUAAAUAAAUAUAUUCUUUCAUCACGUAUACGUAUAACACGUAAUCUAGCAAGUUAUACAUUUCCAACAUUUUCAACACGAGCUGAACGUCGUCGUGUUGAAGGAAAAUUAAAUAAAGUAUUUGAACAAUUAAUUCAAGAAAAUAAUCAAUUCAAUGGAAAUUAUUAUCGUCUAUCAACAACUGACGAACGUGUACAAGAAAAAUUAAUCCAUGAUGGUGUCUAUUUAUUUAAACCACAAACAAUGAGUUGGCUUAGUUCAGGUAUUGCACGUGAUUGGCCUGAUGGACGAGCUAUUUAUGUUAAUAAUGAUAAGAAUAUAUUUGCUUGGAUUAAUCAAAAAGAUCAUUUAAGAUUUGUUAGUUGGAGUACAAAUAAUGCAAAAAAUAAUCUUCGUGCAGUCAUAACAAAUUUUUUUCAAGGAAUAAACUUGUUAGAAAAUUCAAUGAAAAAUGAAGGUAUAUCAUUUGCACAUGAUGAUCAUUUUGGAUAUUUAACAACUUGUCCAGCUAAUAUUGGUACUGGAUUAAAAUAUAAUAUUUUUUUGAAGCUACCAAAUUUAACAAAAGAUAUGCGUUUACCAACUAUUAUCAAAGAUCUUAAUUUAACAAUGGAAGAAAUCAUGGAUUCAGAUCCACAAGCAUUUAAAGAUUGUAUAGAUAUAUCAAAUCGUGAUCGAAUUGGCAAAACUGAAGUUGAAAUUAUUCAACAUAUUCUUAAUGGUGUUAAAAAAUUAGUUGAAAUUGAACGACAAUUAGAAGCUGGCCAUAAACUCGAUGAAUAUUUAAAACGUUAG